UUAUUAUCCACCAUUUAUGAUGCACAUAUAUAUACAACUUAUUCCAUAGCUGGAAGGCUGGUAAAAGAUGCAUAUUCACGGUUACUGUUCACGGGGGCGGUUGUAAAAUUUGACACAACAAAAGACAACUCCUCCACUAGCCUCCCACUCCCACCCACUUCAAUAUAUAUAAUUCUCAAGCCCCAAAAAUUGAUUAUAUAAGCACUUUAAUUGCUAGCUCUAUAUAUUGCCUAUUCCCCAUUUCCAACUUUUUGACAACUAACUUUCUUCUUUCUUUAUUCUCCAUUGAUAUUGAGAGCUCUCUGCUUACUCCCUCGCUACGAGAAAAGACCGGAUUGGAAGUGAUGAUCAAGUUUGACGAUCACAUGGUUAGUGCGAUCAAGAAAAGGCGGACCAAGCGGCCGCGGCAGCCAUCUCCGGUUGCGUUAAGAAUGGCUACUAGCUCCUCGUCUAGUACGAUUCAGUGCCGCGGAAGUGAUGGUCAUUUCUCCGCCGCCGCCGCCGGCAGCUUUGAUCAUCUGUCCUCUUCUUCUUCGCCGUCGUCCAACUCGGAUAAUAAUAUGGAACUAAGCGUGGAUUUGGAGGAAGACAUGGCUAACUGUUUGAUCCUUUUAGCUCAAGGCCGCCACGAUCAAGAACCGCCGUCGCCGUUGGUCGCCCCCGCCGCCAACAAGGAAGUUUACGAGUGCAAGACGUGUAAUCGAGUCUUCCCUUCUUUCCAAGCCCUGGGUGGCCACAGAGCUAGUCACAAGAAACUGAAAGCGACGUCAUCGUCGUCAGCAAUUCCUUCGCCGGAAAAUCAAGAAAGUUACGAGGAUGUUACAACGUUGUCGCUGCAAAUUCCGGGCAGAGUUUUGCCGCCGCCGUCUCCCAUGCUUUCCAACAAAAACAGGAUGCACGAGUGUUCCAUUUGUGGAGCUGAGUUCACUUCCGGCCAAGCCUUGGGCGGUCACAUGAGGAGGCACAGGCCACUGCCGCCUAACGCCGCCGCAACUACCACCAGUAGCGGCGGCGGCCGUGAAGAUUCAUCGUCCCAUGACACGAAGAAAUCAAGAAACUUGAUGUCUUUUGACCUUAACCUUCCGGCGGCACCCGCGGAAGAAGAACGCCGCGAAACCACCUUCCCCUUUGCGUCGUCGAAAGAGCGAGUCAUCGUCUUCUCCACUUCUACUCUGGUCGAUUGCCAUUAUUGAUGAUUUGAUGAUCAUCAUCAACCUCACCCCGGCGGCCAGCACGUAUAUUCUUUUUUCUUUUAUCAUUAUAUUCAUCUCUCAUCAUUGAGAGCUGUGAAUUAUUAUUACUAUUAUUUUUACAUUUAUGCUCAUGAUAUACAUGUAAAAGUUUAACAUCAUUAAUGAUUCAUUAAAUAGUUACUAUUCCAUCUAUUUAUAA